AUGAUUAAAGACAACAAGCUAACCAUUGAAAACAUUAAUUACAAGUUAAUAAAUCAAGUAAAUGUAGAAAAUGAAGCAAACACAAUUUCCGAAAUAAAGGAACAUGGAGACAAAGCUGCGAACUACUUAAACUCUGAUGUAGUAUUUGAAAAACCAGCCUAUGGGAUAAAAAAUUUUAUGAACAAAAGCCAUUCUGUUGAUUCCUUGGAGAAUGGGGAAAUGAGCCCAAACAAUGGUCUCUUACAAAAACAAAAUGUUAAUUAUGUAAAUAAAGCUAGUGGAGAAACCUUUGACGAAAUAAAUCAACGGGACUCUAGGAGUAGUUGCGCCAGUUUCCAUGCACAUAUAAAUGAUGACAUUAUGACGUAUGUCAAUAACAUAAGCAAGGACAUCAAUUCCAGUAGGGACUAUGAGAUUGGUAAAUGUAACAAGUUAUCCGGUGUGCACAUCCUAAAUGAUGCGCACAUACACGAAAGGGAAAGCGUUUGUGGCGAGUCCCCCUCCAAUAAAGUCAAAUUAGCAACGCUAAACAUCGAUGUGGGUGCCACCAAUGCUCAGAAUGCUGCGUCGAGUAUAAUCCAAAAGUGCAACCGCGAAGGAGGUUUCGCUGAACCUAGCGACGGAAAUCGCUCGACCAGCUCCAACCAGUCGAAUAGGCACUCUGUGGAAAGUAUCAACAACCUAGUCGACCCUAUAACGGGUAAAAGGAUCAUCACACCUACAAGAGCUAAAUCACCACGUGGGCGUGCCUACAAUGAGUGUACGCCCCUCUCCAUGAAUGAACAGAUAUUUCAAAAAAGCAAAAGUGAAAACCCUAUGCUGAAAAUCACCAAUAUACAUAAAGAAGUUAACGUCGACACUACGCGUACUAAGGAGGAGGCAAGACAGAGGAACCCAGACUUAACCCCAGAAGGAAACAAAUUAGAGAUUUUUAAAAAUUAUUCACACCAUGAAAUUAUGAAUGUUUUAUGCAGUAACUACAAUAGGGAAAAAUCUUCAGAGUCUUUUCCAUUCCCGGGUGAUGUAUCCCAAAGUGUUGAAAAAAUAAAUGAUGAGAAUAAUCCAAAUGAAGAGAAUGACACGGCUAAGGUAAAGGUAUCAACUAAUGAUGGUCUGUGCCCUCCCGCAGAUGAUCAUUUUGAAAAAAUUACCCAUGCAGAAAAUCCCAACGGCUCAACCAAAAGAAGGCAAGAAAUUCUACAGCUACUUCUACACAAUGUAGAAACAAAAGAGCUAGAUGACAUAAAUAAAAAUUUAUCAUUUUUGAAAAGAAUGCAACAAUAUUUUUAUCAGAAAUAUAUUAAUAUAAAAUUCCCACAUGACUCCAAUGACUGCCACUAUUAUAUACACCUGGAUUGGUUUAACAAAUUGAAGGCUUUUAUCUUCACUCCAAAUGGCGAAUUUCCAGGCUGCAUCACAAACUAUAAAUUAUAUAACGACGAGGAGUCUGCCAAGGCGUCCAUCAGUCCCUAUAUGCACAACAAAAAAGAUAUGAAAAGUAAUUUGAAGGAGGGGAAAGAUUAUAUAUGCACCAAUCAAUACAUGUGGCGAUUUUUACAUUUCCUAUUCAGAGGCGGACCCUGUAUUAAACGAAAUAGCAACAAUAUAUAUGACCGUUAUGUGCCCAUUUCAAAUUCUGAUCUUAUGAAUAAAAAUGUUAUCUAUUUGAUGGAGCCAAAAUACGUGGAUAAUUUAUUUUCCACUUUUAACUAUUCCAACGAGGAACUGUCGAUCGAAACAACCAAUUCGAGAAACAGUUUAGACGAUGCGCAUAAUUCACUUGCGGGUGGUGUAUCACCAAGUGCUCAUGCGUCUCCGUCUGCCCCGAUCACUGCUCAGAUGGCUUCCUCCAGCGAAGGGGUUACAAAGCAUCGCAACAAACAGUUCGCACACAACUAUUACGAAUUCUUGCACUUUUACGGUCUUAAGGACAAGGAAUAUAACUCUUCCUUUUUCCUCGAGUAUGAUGAAUCCCAUCCCAGAACUAUGAACAAAAUGAUCGAUUUGAAAGGUCAAAAUUGGUAUGAAAGUGUGUACUCAUUUUACUCUAAUGAAAAUGACACCUUCAGCGACAGUCCCAUUGUGAACACAGCACAUGGCACCAAUACAAAAAAUGACCUCAGUGAAUUAUCCAAAAAGGAGACCCCUGCACAAAAGGGAAAAAAUGGUAGUAAUUCCAGUGCUACCCUUGGUCCGAAUCGGACUGAGGCCAUAUCUCUGGAAAACGUGGACGUGGGCCGCUGCGUGUUGCCGCCCAUACACCUCUCAAGGAGUCUGAGCGACAACGUAAGGAAUGCCUCCUUGGAUAAUAACGGCCGUAGUAGUAACGCAAACGGCGCCAGUGCUAACGGAAAUUCUGGAAGCAGCAAAGGAAACGGCACCAACAACAACGGCAACACUAAUAGCAGUAAUAAUAGCAGCAAUAACAAUAACAGUAACAGCAAUAACAACAACAAUAACAGGAAUAACAACAACAAUAACAGGAAUAACAACAACAAUAACAGAAAUAACAAUAAUAAUAAGGAGAAUGCACAGGAGGAGGACCCGCAGGAGGACCCAGAGAAGCGCCAACAGGAAAACCAGGAAAAUACGAAAGAAACGACCCCCAGCAGAGGUGUGAACACGGAUAACAAGUCCAGCAACGCCACCUACUUUGGCCCCAAGGCGAAAAUCGGCACUCCCAAAAUUUUAAGCGCCAACUAUACCUACACAAAAAGCAACGCAAGUAAAGCCAGCAGUAAUAAAAGUGGAAACCCAAGUGAUAAUCCGCCUAACAAUUCUGGCAAAAUGUUCUUAACCCCGCCUCCCAAAAGGAACUCCUUAGGUUGCCAUUCGUCAAACGGAAACGAAAUUUACAAGUCCUGUGAAGAGUACAAUGCGGACAAUUGGGAUGAGGCAUCCAGCAAUGGCUAUUUAACAACCACCGAAACGGAAUCGAAGGGGACAACAGACAACAGCAUUAAAAGUGCAAACAGUUCCCCAAAAGAUAAAGAUCAGAUAAAAAAGAACGAUCACAAAAUGAAGAAAAAGGAGGAUGCAGAAAAGCGACUAAUUUGCAAAGACGAAAAUAAACGGAGGCGGGGCAGUAGCUGUAGUAAUGCCAGUAGUGGUAGUAGCGACAGCGGAAAUAGCAGUAGCAGUACCAACGGGGAUAUCCCCAAAGAAGCGUCCACGGAAAAGAAUCAUGCCAAUGCCGGUGAUAGAAGGGCUAAAAGAAAAGAAGAAUACGAAAAGAAUUUUAAUACAAACAAACAGCCAAAUCAUACUGGUGCGAAAAAGGACGUAGACAGGUUAAAUAAUACGUUAAACACCACCAAUUUAAUUAUGAAGGAUUAUAGUAGCUAUUCCAGCAACAGCAGCAGCUAUCGUGGGAGUAGCAGCGGGAGUAGCAUCGCAAGUAGCAACAACAACAGCAGCAACGGUAGCAGCAAUUUUAGCAUUCGCAAUCAUGGCGUUUCGAAGCGCAGUAUUUACAAGGAUAAAGAACGAAUUAAGAAUAUUAUAACAACCAGUAACCCUAAGAGAGAAAGUGAAUUCAACAAUAACAGCCUUAGCAUUAUAACGACGAAAGAGCAGCCAGCUGGACUUAUUAACUACUCUGCAACAUGUUACAUAAAUGUAGUUCUGCAGUGUCUAGCCGCUCAUCUCAAAUUAAUAUACACCCUGCAAAAUUACGUAAGCGUGAAAUAUAAAAGUAUGAACGCUUCUAGUGAAGACACAGACAAUAUGAACUCCUCCUUUAUAAACAAAAAUUUCUUCACCAAUAGUAUCCCAUUUAACCUCUUUGGAAAUAAUAGUAAAAAAAAAGAUGAUUGUCUCUUGCUAUCAUUAUCACAUAAAUUAUUUCAACUAAGUAAAAUGCACAACAAGGGAAAAGUUCUUAAUGUUAAUAAAUUACUAAAUUUGCUAAAUGAUAAAUAUUCAUACCUCUUUGAAUAUAAUGAACAGCAAGAUUGCCAUGAAUUUCUUCUUCUCGUUUUUGAUUUUAUUCACAAUAUGAUGAAGGUAGUUGACGAAACGUUUGACAAAAAUAACAAAAUUGAUUAUUGUUUGAAGAGAGAACAGUCCCUUAUCUCAGAUUUAUUUUUAGGUUUAAUUGAAGAAAAAAUUACGUGUUCUCAAUGUAGCUAUGUGAACUAUGUGUACCAGCCUGUGUACAAUUUAAGUGUUAAUGUCUUCAAAAAAAAUGCAGAAAAUAAUUUAAAUGAUAAUUUGGUAGAAUACUUUAAAAAAGAGGAAGUAAAUUCUACAUGCGAAAAAUGUAAAUGCAAAAAGAUGUUUAAACAUUCUUGUGUGUAUAAACAGCCGAAUGUUCUCAUUGUACAUUUGAUUCGUUUGCUAGAGGAUGGAUCAAAAAUCGACAACCCCAUAAAAUUCGACAUUAAUGAUUUUACCGUACAAAAUGUUCUGAAGAAAAAUAAUGGGGAAUACAUUGAGAACCCGAAGAAGUACAGCUUAUUUGGUGUUAUAGUUCAUCGAGGGUUGAACUCGAACUACGGCCAUUAUAUCUGCUAUACCAAGAGGAGACACUCCAAUGGCGCCACCGUGUGGUACAAAUUCGAUGACAGCAUAGUGACCAUCGUGGACGUUUCGGAAGUGGAGUCUGCCAAAGCUUAUUGCCUGUUCUACGAAGCCGUUAAUUAA